UUGCCAUCAAUUUAUUUAUGUAAAUAAGUCUUAUUAGUAUAGAAUUAAGAAAUGCUAGAUAAACAAGAUAUUAGUGAAGUUAUUCAUACACUAUUAUACUCAUAAGUUACCAUACGUAAAUAGUUAUAUUGAAUAGAAUUCAUGUUCAUUACAAUUCUAAAAAGCAAAUCAUCUUUCAAGAGCACCGAAUAAGCUAAGAUAGUAAAAAUAUAAUAGGUAUUAUUAUUUAUGAGGAGUGAUACAAUGGCGCUGCGGUGGUGGCGGCUCGUACUACAAGAGGGCGGCGUGGGGACGGCAUCGAUCCGCCUCGCCCGGCCACCUCUAGGGCGCACUUCACUCCAAUAGUUCCAUACUUUCCUCACUUCACGUCAACCACCUUAUGUAUGAAAAGUAGUAUCUAUACGCUUUCAUUGUUUAGCCAUCCCAUUAACAAAUACUGAUAUCUUCAGCUUGACUCCAAGGUCGCUACAGCCGAAGAGCAUACAGAACACGUUGGAAUCAGGCUAGGUUUAGUUGAAUCUGUUCGUCGUCUGUUCAUUACGAAUUAAGACUAGUGUUACAUACGGGUCAAAUGUCAAGAAACGCGGUACGAUACGUUAUAAGUGAGAAUUGUGGAAGUUUGUUGUGAUUAUUGAAGAAUUUGCGGUAAAUUUAAAUUUACGCAGAUAAUAUAUCUAUACACUCCAGUUCUUGUACCAAGUUAGCUUUAGUGAAAAUAGCGCGAAAUUCCUAAGCAGUGUAAAAGUGGAAUGAUUCAUAGAGGUGCUUUCCAUAUCAUAAAUAUAUUUAAGUGAGCAAAACGCUAGUGUCAUUCCUUAUUAUACUAUCGUCGAAAUAAAGCUUCACCACGUUUCGUCACAGCAAACUGCGUUAUUCAAAUCAUUUUCCUUCACGAGGUUCGCCAUUAAAUAUAAAAGGACAAUCUGUAAAAGCGGCGUCAUUGAGUCGUAUCGAAGCUUCACCGAGGCUGGCUGCAGGGCCGGAGUGCGUCCGCAGCGUGGGCGGCGCAGCUGGCGGCGCCGCCGCUGGCGUCCGCCCUGGCUACGGGUAUGAGGCACUCUCGGCGGCGAGCGACGGCAGUGAAGGAGAGCCCGAGGAAGCUCCUGAAUACGCCGCUUUCGAAAUGGAGUGCUCAGGAGGUGGUGAAUCGGUGGAUGGGCCCUCUUCACGAGGCUCUACUAAGGUCAACUUUCCGCCUGAAGUGGAGUUAGAGCGGCGACCUACAGUCUCCGCAGUGGCAACCGCGGCCUACCACAAGAGUCGCGGCAGAUCCAUGAGUGCCUGGAGCGACAUUAGCCGAUCCAGUAUACGCUUCGAAGAAAGAGUUCGCGUGGAGUACUACGUAAACGAGAAUACUUUCAAAGAAAGACUGCAACUAUAUUUUAUAAAAAAUCAGCGAUCGAGUUUACGCAUUAGAAUAGCUAACUUAUUUUUCAAACUGUUGACCUGCGUCUUGUAUAUAUGCCGAGUUUGCGCUGAUGGAGAUCCCAUUACCGCUUCCUGCUACGGCUGCAGGCCUGGAAAUAAGACUGAAUUCGAAUAUUCGGCUAACUUAACGGAAGAGGAAUUUCAGGAGCACCCGAUAAUUAAUUGGGACGGAAUAAUAUGGGUCAAUAGGCCUUUAUACUUGUGGGUUGUGCAAGUCAUAUUAGCUAUGAUAUCCUUUACCGAAGCUAUACUACUUGCUUAUUUAGGCUAUAAGGGUAAUAUCUGGCAACAAGUCUUAUCAUUUCACUUUAUAUUGGAAAUGGUGAACACAAUACCUUUUGCAUUGACGUUGCCAUUCCCGCCACUAAGAAAUCUUUUCAUACCAGUGUUUCUAAACUGCUGGUUGGCAAAGAGGUCACUUGAGAAUAUGUUCAACGAUCUCCACAGAGCGAUGCAAAAGUCCCAAUCAGCAUUAUCGCAACAGUUGAUGAUAUUAUGCGUAACUUUACUAUGCCUCGUCUUUACAAGUGUUUGCGGUAUACAGCACUUUCAACGAGCUGGGCAUCGUCACUUGAACUUAUUUCAAGCAACUUAUUUUGUCGUGGUAACCUUUUCUACAGUUGGUUACGGUGACUUUGUACCAGAUAUUUGGCCAUCACAACUUUUUAUGGUCAUUAUGAUAGGUGUGGCAUUGGUAGUUCUACCUACACAGUUUGAGCAACUUGCAUUCACAUGGAUGGAAAGACAAAAACUUGGAGGCUCAUACUCCUCACACCGUGCACAAUCAGAGAAACAUGUCGUCGUGUGCUCGACUACUUUACAUGCUGACACUAUCAUGGACUUUCUUAAUGAAUUUUAUGCACAUCCACUGCUACAAGACUACUACGUAGUGUUGUUGUCUCCUAUGGAACUAGACACCACUAUGAGAAUGAUACUGCAGGUUCCGAUUUGGGCACAAAGAGUGAUUUACAUCCAAGGAUCCUGCUUAAAAGAUACAGAUUUAAUACGAGCAAGAAUGAAUGAAGCCGAAGCGUGUUUUAUUCUAGCUGCUAGAAAUUAUGCAGACAAAACUGCUGCAGACGAACAUACUAUACUUAGGUCUUGGGCUGUGAAAGAUUUUGCACCAGCUGUGCCUCAAUACGUGCAGAUUUUUAGGCCUGAAAAUAAACUGCACGUUAAAUUUGCUGAAUUUGUAGUUUGCGAAGACGAGUUUAAGUACGCCCUCUUGGCGAACAAUUGCACAUGUCCGGGAGCUUCUACUCUCGUUACUCUUCUACUUCAUACUAGCCGAGGCCAAGAAGGCCAACAAUCCCCCGAGGAAUGGCAUCGACUUUAUGGAAAAUGUUCGGGAAACGAAAUUUAUCACAUAGUUUUGGGUGAUAGCCGAUUUUUCGGCGAAUAUGAAGGAAAAAGUUUUACCUACGCAAGUUUUCAUUCGCAUAGAAAGUAUGGCGUUGCUUUAGUCGGAGUGCGCCCUGCUGAGCUGCCUGAAUUCUAUGAAGAAACCAUUCUGUUGAAUCCUGGACCACGGCACAUCAUGAAAAGUAGUGACACCUGCUAUUAUAUGAGCAUUACAAAGGAGGAGAAUUCUGCUUUUGUUGUUGCUGAAAAACAAGAACAUAAGCCGACGCUACCAAAAGACCAAACUGCUUGUAGUCUCCUCUCUAACGACAAGAAAGCAGGUGAUGCAGAGGAGGUUUCUGACCAGCAGAAGAAACCUGACGGUAGUAACGUCGCUCAGUACGACCUUCCACAAGUGAUUCUCCAAGCUCCCGCGAGUGUCACACCAAAAGCAUCGCCAUCACGCAUCAACCAAGCUAAUACUGUUUCAUCCGCUAAUUUUACUGUCGCUAACUCGAAGUAUGGCGAGGGCACAUCGGCCUCCGAUUCUAGAACCUGCUUAAAAGAUUCGCCAGGUACGGACAGUGCUACCGACAGUCAUUUAUUGCUGCCAAAGCCUGAUAGCAAUUUUCUCAGUCCCGACGCUUUGAAUUACCGUAGAGGAAGCCGAAGACCGUCUAUACUCCCUGUCCCAGACAUGGUAACUAGCAGUUUAAAUAUUGCGUCAGAUAAUCAGGAUGAGGACGCUGAAAUAGAUGAGAGUGAGGAUGAAUUAGAAGACGAUGUUCCAUGGCGAUCACCAUCCGAAAAGAUUGCUGAUGACGUCACCACCAGCAGCUUCUCGUCGUUGGCAGCCAGUGACAUCGGGCACAGCGCAUGGCGAAAUGAUUACAUGAGGAUCGUAAAAGGAUUUCCACCUGUGUCACCAUUUAUAGGAGUCAGUCCUACUCUGUGCUAUUUACUGAAAGAAAAGAAGCCUCUAUGUUGUUUGCAGUUAGCACAAGUUUGCGAACAUUGUGCUUAUAGAAAUGCAAAAGAAUACCAAUGGCAAAACAAAACUAUAAUACUUGCUGCUGAUUAUGCAUCUAAUGGAAUAUAUAAUUUCAUCAUACCUCUACGAGCUCAUUUUAGAUCAAAGACCUCGCUCAAUCCUAUCAUACUUCUAUUGGAACGCAGACCAGACAUAGCAUUUUUAGACGCUAUAUCAUACUUUCCUUUAGUGUACUGGAUGCUAGGAAGCAUUGACUGCUUAGAUGACUUGUUACGUGCUGGGAUUACUUUGGCCGAAAAUGUGGUUGUCGUAAACAAAGAAUUGUCGAAUUCUGCCGAAGAAGAUAGUCUAGCCGAUUGUAAUACAAUAGUUGCCGUACAAACUAUGUUCAAAUUUUUUCCAUCAAUAAAGUCAAUCACAGAACUAUCACAAUCUUCAAAUAUGCGAUUUAUGCAAUUUCGUGCGCAUGACAAGUAUGCAUUACAUUUAUCGAAAAUGGAAAAGCGGGAGAAGGAACGUGGCUCACAUAUUUCCUACAUGUUUCGUCUGCCAUUUGCAGCCGGUUCUGUGUUCUCAGCUUCAAUGCUUGAUACAUUACUUUAUCAAGCUUUUGUGAAGGACUAUGUUAUUACCUUUGUGCGACUAUUACUGGGUGUCGAUCAAGCUCCGGGAUCAGGAUUUCUUACUUCCAUGAAAAUUUCAAAAGAAGACAUGUGGAUAAGAACAUACGGUCGAUUGUACCAAAAGUUAUGUUCUACUACAUGCGAAAUUCCGAUAGGAAUUUAUCGCACACAGGACACGACAUUAGCCGAUGCAUCUCACCACGUGAGUAUGUCGCCAAGGACCCCAUCAAAGUGGUUUUGGUCACGCCUCGCGAGAAUGCGACCAUCGCGUGCAUCGUUGCAGCAGGAGGAGGGCGAAGGCGGAGGAUUUUCAACUUGCGGGCGCCGGGAGGCGACAAGCUGCCUCAGUGGCUGCUACGGAGAACGGACGCCGGCGUAUUCUACAAGCCUGGCUGAUGAAGCCCGAGAUAACCAUGCUCAACAAAUUGAAAGAGCUGAAAUAGCUAAUCUAGUGCGAUCGAGAAUGGAAUCAUUAAAUCUUACUGGUAUCGAUUAUGAUGACGUCAGCGAGAAACGAAAUAGUCUAUCUUAUGUGAUAAUAAAUCCUAGUUGUGACCUCAACUUGCAAGAAGGCGAUAUAAUAUAUUUAGUUCGUCCGUCACCAUUUUCUGCGCAAAAAACAUUUGAACGCCACAACAGUCGACGUAAAUCAAAUAUAAGCUUUUGUUCACAAGCUUUGAUUCAAGCUCAAGGUAUUUCGAGUAGGAGAGGAUCCACCAUUGGUGCAAGUUUUGCCCCGCCUCGUGUGCCUCCCCUGUCCACUACUAAAGCAAACUCCUUGUCUUUGCCUGAUAGCCCCACCAUAAUCACCGAUUUUAGAGGCAGAUCAAAUUCACUUCGGGUUGUUGAUGAUAUAUUACUGCGAAGAUCUAAUUCACUUCGUCAAGGACUAAGUGGUGUCGGUUCCCGGCGUAGAAAAAGUAGUCUCGAAGAAAUUGGUAUAUCCCACUUCAAUUCACUACUACAACAUCAACAACAGCAACAGCAACAGAAUGCUUUCAAAAUCGCUUUGAACGGUAGUAUUGGCCUUGAAGUAACACCGCCAGAAGAGCAUCCCUUGGAGCGCUUACCUGGGCCAAGUAUACCGCUCGGGGGAUAUCAAGAAGUUGCAGCAGCAUUGCCGUCUUCGUCUCUAGGUCCUUCAUUACCAACUGUCACAUCAACUCCUGAUCCCCAGCAUCUGCAAGGGACUAUUGUAUGAUACCACCUUAUGUGGGGACGACGACUGAGUUCCGUCAUUAGAAACAAGUGGACGUAGACGUGUUCCGGUAAAUGCGUAUGAGCUAUUUCUCCUAUAGAAACCGGAUUCUUAUAAUGUUCACAUGAAUUUAAGCGGACUCAACUAUAUCGUAGCGUCUCUACCUUCACGUAGUGUCACUUAUUUACACGUUUAAGUGCAGAUUUAGUGUUUUAGACAAGUGGUGAAGAGCUGUGUAAUGUAAGCGGGAUCAAUUAGUUUCUAGGUAAAGGGGAUUUAUAAGUCAGCACAACACUGUUGCUGUAUAUCAGAGUUUUAUGUGAUUUUAAUUCAAAUUGUAAAUUGAAAUAAAAAAUAAACUUUACAAAGUGUUAAUAAUUAUUGUAAAUAUAUUUACAUAGAAAAAAAUAUUAACUUACAGAAAAAAUAAUCACUUAGAAUUAAUCUUUUUUAGACUUACAGAAACUUAAAUAAACAUGGAUUUGAAAAUAAUUUCCGUACUUUAACUGCAGAUAUAGUUCAACCUAACACUAGAUUUGAAACAUCACCACAAGUUCAGAUAUAAUAAAGAAAAUUUAUGUAUUCACACUAAA